AAACACCAGACUGACAUUGCCGUUACCAGAGUCUCUGGGUACAUCUUCAUACAAACAGACAAACCCAUCUACACGCCGAGACAGCGAGUGAAAUAUCGUAUAAUAGCACUGGGCGAGGAUCAACGCUGGGCACCAUGGCGGGUUCAGAUUGAUAUUAUAAAUCCUCGAGGCAUUGUUGUUGACAGAAUAACACAAACACCACAAGAUGCAUUCAACGGGGCGGAGUUUCCCUUGUCACGUGAUCCGAUGACAGGCACGUGGAAGAUUAGCGCCACCUACGAUGAUCAGGUUGACACAAAAAAUAUCAUCACCUUUGACGUCAUGGAAUACGUUCUGCCACGAUUCGGACUGACAUUCUCUUCAAGCCCGGCCACAAUAUACGUGGAACAAGAAAUGACAAGACUAACGUUGACUGUGAGAGCAAAGUAUGUGUACAAGCAACCAGUGAAGGGCUCAGUAAAGCUGGAUAUACUUACUAUGGUGAACAAUGUGACCUGCUACCUGAUGACAAACCUAGGAGGAGAGUUGGAUCAGUCAGGGCGUCUACAGAUACACGUGGACAGUGCGACGUUGGCGAAGACAAUCGAAGAGAAGUACGACCACUGCGACAACAGCGACGGGUACGACUACGACCCGGCGUACGACCCGGUCCAGCUGGAGGUCGACGUGACGGCCACGGAGAACAGGACGCGGCACGCCGUCAGCAAGAGGUUCAAGUCGGCGCUGGUGACCUUGCAGAGUCUGGCUGUGGAACCGGUCGACUUCAGAAACUACUACAAACCAGGCGUGGAGUACCACUUCAAAGUGAGAAUCGUUUCUAAUGGAAACCCUGUAGGUCAGCGACAGGUGCAGUGCAGCGUUGGUGAUCACUCACUACAAGGAACGACAACCUCGUCUGGGAUUGUUCAAUUUGUUUUUAUGCCUCCACCUGGAGGCUCGUUCAAAAUUGAAGUCACGGUGGACACCGAAACAGAGAAUUUCUAUUUAAAACAAGAGAACACUGGUCUACGUCGUCACAUUUCCGUGUAUCUGGAUAAACCGCCUAAAGUAGUCACCCGAGGUAAAAUCGUCUACUAUCGGAACUGUGAAUCGUCGUCACGUGGUCAGGACAAGUGGACGAUCCCAGCAUCCUUCACUAGAGAGAUGUCGCCGCUGUCGAGGGUCGUCGUUGUCUACAUCGCCAUGGAGGGGACAGUGGCGGAGGUGAUCGCCGACUCUGUCGUCGUCCGCGCGGGAAACACGUGUACAGAGGAGUUGCAGCUGAGUGUUCCGACAGGCGGAAAGCCCAAGGCCACUGCCACCAUGAAGAUCACUGGAGGUCCUGGGAUGCGGGUGGGACUACUGGCGGUCGACAAAGCUGUGUACAGCAUCAAAUUUGAGAAAUCUUUAACAAGAAAAUUGAAUUCCGGGUUUUCCGUCAUGACAAACGCUGACAUCACAUUUCAAGACAAUUCGGAUUUCUCCCGUACGUUACUUACUGACACCGGAAGCGGAAGUAUAGAUUUCGUGUACCCGGACUCUAUCACGACGUGGGUGUUCCAGGCGGUGGGCGUGUCCGCGGACCACGGUCUGUGUGUGUCUAUCAGUAAGAAGGUAGUCGUGUAUCGAGACUUCUUUGUCGACCUCUAUCUCCCGUACAAGGUCACCAGACUAGAGAACAUCCAACCAAAGAUUGCUGUAGCAAACUACAAGAAUUUUUCUUUGGCGGUGAGUGUUCACAUCUCCGUUGACCAGGGCCUGUGUUUACCUGAAGGCGAAGACGGCAACAUCCACUAUGAGCACGUGGUCGUUCCUGCCAACGACAUGGUAGUGCUGCCAUUCAGCGUCAUCCCUGUGAUGUCAGGCGACCUUGCCAUUGACGUCAGAGUGGGCGACGUUCGCAGCUUUGACGGCGUUCGCAAAAUAUUACACGUCGUGACGGAGGGCGAGGAGACCGAGAAAACGAUCACGUUUAACCUGGACCCCCAGGGCAGGGCAAGACAGGCGAUGGUCAGGGAACUACAAACGUCGGGAAAACUCACCUUCAGCGAGGACACGACCGUAACACAUAAAUUCUACACUGAUCUUCAGGAACAAUACACAGAUAUAAAUAUGGCACUUCCGGUGGAAACUAUUCCGGGCUCAGAGAAGUUUCAAGUCCUUGCUUCAGGUGAUUUGCUUGGCAACGUGAUCAACAUGUUUAUCACGGACAGUGACGACAACGACGAAGAGGUGAUAGGAGAGAACAUCAUGACGUCGCUCAGUCCGACAGUGUUGGGGCUCAAGUAUCUCAUCAUGUCUGACGAUGUCGACCACGACACGGUCGAACGAGGACGAGUUCAUAUUCGAAAUGGUAUAGUGAACAUUUUGAAGUUGAGAAACGAUUCUGGCGGUUUUAGAUAUUUUGACGAAUCUGCCCCUUCUACUUGGUUUACGGCGUUCGUCCUGCAAACUCUGUGUGUGGCUAAAGACAUCACGUUCGUGAACCGGGAGGUUAUCGACACAGGACUCACGUGGCUUUUCUCUCGAGUAAACACAAGGGUAAAAACCCCUAUUGUUGAAGAUGACAGACACUUUUAUCAGAUAUCGGCACCAGACAAUAAUACCAUGUUAGGAGCGGAAAUACUCACUGCAGCCAAUCAGUGCAGGUUUAACAUUCCUAGGUCGCUGAAGUCGAGACGAGCCAUUCUGAUCCGGCUGCUGAAGAACCGACUCCGGAAGUUGAGGAACCAACUGGCGAUUGCGAAGGUGGCGUACGCGUUGCUUGUGAGCGGAGUGUCCCGGUGGAAACGCGUCACGCGUAAACUGUUUCUCAUCAAGAAGAAAACCACCGAUGGUUUGCUGUACUGGUCGGAACUCUCCGAGGACAGGAUGAGAAGAAACCCGUCUUUUGAUCGCAGCGAUCCGACAGCUGAUGCCAUAGAAACGACGUCGUACGCGCUGAUGUUGUCGCUGAAGUACACAAUUAAACGAGGACGACGGAAAGGACAGCACGUGGUGGACCCGGAUAGGAUCGCGGGUUGGAUCGUCAGGUGGAGAAAUACAGAUGGGGUUUUCGUCGGUGCGACGGACACGGCAGUGGCCACCCUGGCGCUGGCCAAGUAUCGAGAGUACAAGAACAUCCAGAACACGAGUCUCCAGCUGGUUAUCAGCAACACUGCCGAGAACUUCACACAGUCACUCGAGUUCGACGACGAAACAGCGCUCUCCAUCAAGUCCGUGCCAGAGGUUCCACCGGUCUCCAUUCUGCACGUGUUUACUAGAGGCGAGGGUCUGGGUCAGAUGCACGUGCAUGCUAAAUACAACCAAUACGUGGAUGAAGAGGCAGACUGUCGGUUUAACAUGACAGUCCAGUGCUACUUAGCAAGUUUGCCUUUAUCUGGUGAUUUUAACCUGUGUUCUAUGUGCGACAUUGGAUGUGAGCGUAAGCGACCACCGUGUAAAGUGGAGGAUUCGCCAAAGGAAGGCAUCUCGUAUAGCGGGAUUCAGCGCUGUCUAAAAAUAUCUAUCAGAUACAGCGGUGACUACGACCACGGCCGGACGGUGAUCGAGGCGAACAUGUUGACCGGAUAUGAACCCGUCAUGUGUGACCUACAGCAGAUGACUGGGGGUGACAUUAUGUUUGCCACGUUCGACGAGAAGAAGGCGAAGGUCACUGUGACCGUAAGACAAGUGAGCACCUCGGACAAACUUAAUUUUGGAUUCCGUAUUAAGAAGAAGCAUGAAGUACAAGGACUGCAUCCAGCGACCAUCAUCAUCCGAGAUCCUAGACGAUCAUCCGAGCGAAGACGAGAGAUGAGAGAGAGAGAGAGAUAG